CUGAUUGUCACACGCGCUCGGUGACUCGACUUGGGAGUAUCUGGAGGAGCGAUAAAGCAGCCCUGAGGAAUAUUCUCGUUUGAUUUGUUCCGUCAUGAGUUUAUAAAACAUCCUCCGAACAGCAGGAAUCAUGGAGAGACUCUCAGCGCUGCUGCUGCUGCUCAUCACAGUCUCAGGUUUGGGCGGAGCUUCAGAGUUGGCCUUCAUCAAAGAACCCAGUGAUGUCAUCGCAGUGAGGGACCGCCCCCUCAUGCUGGACUGUCAGGUAGAGGGGGAGGGGCCUAUCACCAUCACCUGGCGACGGAACGGUGUUCCCGUUCCUCUGGGAGCUAGAGCAGCCGUGCUGGAUAACGGGACGCUCCUGAUCCGGAACUUCCAGAAACGGCGUGACGGUGACGAGAGCGACGCGGGCGAGUACGACUGUGCAGCGCAGAACCGAUACGGGCUGCUCAUCAGCCGCAAAGCACAUGUGCAGCUGGAAUUUCAAGAGUUCCACACGCACCCAGAAUCCAUGAGCGUGGACGAGGGCGGCGUCGCUCGAUUUCACUGCGCCGUCAGCGGCGUCCCAGAGGCCAACAUCACCUGGGAAAGAAACAGAACAGCUCUCAACGCUGAUGAUAACAGCGUCUCCGUCUCUGUCUCAGUCGCAGCUAAUCGUCUCUAUAAGGAGCCAGUGAUUCUCUCUGGGCCGCAGAACCUCACUCUGAACAUUCACCAGACCGCCAUCCUGGAGUGCAUCGCCACCGGAAACCCACGGCCCAUCGUGUCCUGGAGCAGGCUGGACGGUCGCUCCAUCGGCGUGGAGGGCAUCCAGGUGUUGGGCACAGGUAACCUCAUCAUCUCAGACGUGUCUCUGCAGCACUCAGGUGUGUACGUCUGCUCCGCUAACCGACCCGGAACCAGGAUGAGGAGAACCGCGCUGGGACGACUGGUGGUGCAGGCUCCUCCGGAGUUCCUGCAGUGGCCUCAGUCCGUGUCGAAGUCUGCGGGCAGCAGUGCGGUCUUCACCUGCCAGGCUCAAGGUGUUCCUGAUCCACACCUCAUCUGGCUGAAGAACGGCAAGAUCCUCACACCUGGAGACAACGUCAAACUCACCAACAACAACAGCACGCUGGCAGUGACGCGCAUAACGGCUGAAGAUGAGGCCAUCUAUCAGUGCAUCGCGGAGAACAGCGCAGGAACCAACCAGGCCAGCGCUCGUCUCGCCGUCUCCCCAUCCCUCGAUCUCCCAGAAGCCCCUCAGGACCUGACGGUCACGCCGCUCUCCACCACUUCUCUACGGGUGCGCUGGGCACAGCCGGAGCCACAUGUGAUGGACGGCAUCAUCGGAUACGUGCUGCACAUCCGCAAACUGGGAGAGCUGGACAGCAGCGAGCUUCAGGAAGCUGUGAGCAAAGACACGUUUCAGCACGACUUCACGAACCUGGAGGCCUCCACCACCUUCUCCAUCUAUGUGAAAGCGUAUUCACCGCUGGGAGCCAGUCAACAGUCCAACAGUGUCAUCGCCACCACACGUGGAACUGUUCCCACGAUGCCCAGCUUCUUCACAAAGGUUCUGAACAGCACAGCGAUGCAGGUGUUCUGGGAGCUUCCAGCUAAAGCCGGUCGAGUGGAGGGAUACAAACUCUCUCAUCGCAAGCUGCCACAGCAAGAGUUCAGACACGAGGAGCGAUUCCCCGCUCACAUCAACACACACCACAUCUCUAACCUCGAAGCGUCAGCGGUGUAUGAGAUUCAGCUCACGGCCUUCAACGGGAACGGCGACAGCAUCAGCAACAAACGGCUCGUCUCAUUGGCUGAGGCUGAAAAGAGCGGGAAAGAGCCAGCAGUGGGAGAGAGUGUGUGUGACUGUGGUGAGGACAGUGAGGGCUCCAUGCCGGCUCUGGUGGUUGGGAUCCACAUUGGCAUGGCCUGCAUCAUAUUCUGCGCUCUCUUCCUGAUGUUUGGCUAUCGGCACAGCUUCUUCUGUCAGAAGGGUUCUCCGGGUGACUGGAGUCUUUCAGCAGGACACAGUGUUUCUCAGAGAGACGCCGCAGCUAAAGAAGCCAGCAUCCGAGCAGCCGACGCUAUCGAGCUCACAACACAGACUGCUGCAGCGGAGCGUCCAGCAGCUGUUCCUCAGUGUCAGGUGACGAUUGAACCUCAACCUGUCCAUCCGCCGGACACUGGCACUGACACUGGCACCGGAUGAGGCACCUCUACCCCCCCAGCACCCCCUUCAGCUGUACAGAGACCGCUUCUCUCUCACCAAAGCCUUACACUGAACUCAACUCUCUCACACACACAUGUUCAGCGCUCAAUACAACACGCUGCAUCUGUUCCAAACCUGAGGGGCCUACACAGACAACAUCCUAACCAUCAUGCAACACCACACAGGACUGUUUAUGAGUUUCACAUUUAGCGUAAACACACACACAUAAACUGGGCAAAAUGGAAGAAUUCCCUCAGCUUUUUUUCCAGUGCAUUCUAGGAUUGCAGUAGGUCAUGGGUUCGAUUCCCAGGGAAUAUAUCGCUUUAAUUAUACAUGCAUAAAUGCAUAAAUGUAAAGCAUGCAUGUGAUGCUUUUUUUUUAAACCUUGAUUUAACCAGGCAAGUUAAUUAAGAAGUUAAUCAAUAGGUGUCUUAUAAAACUGAUUAAUACAGCUAACUAUGCCUUCAGUGCUGACUAUGUAGGCAACUUACGAGGUUUGGAACAGAACUCAUUUGAUGAAAUAUUGCUAAGAGUAAGUUUCCAAACAAACCUGAAACUCUGCUAAUGUUACUAACGAAUAACAAACUCAACUUUAUCCUGUUAAACCAAAAACACAUGCUCUAUGUGACUGAACAGAUGAAGAGUGUGUCGUGUGAUUGGACAUUAAUUAUUCACUGCAUGUACAGCUGAAGCCCCGCCCUCUUCUUUAAGCCCCUCCCACUCCACACAGACUCUCUCUGUCCAAAGAGCCGUGCCUCCGUCUGACCGUCCUGCUGCUGCUGGGAAAAACACUCUACCUCAACCACACGCGUCUUCAAACGGGUCCUCUCGGGUCCGUCAGAACCUCCGGCGGCGACGAGUUUGAGCUCCGCUGUGACUGUUGACGUUUUACGAGACUCUUUCUCAGAUUUUGUGAUGAGACGAAGCUUCUGUGAAAGUUAAGAGACGUCCAAAGAACUUCUACUUCUCUUUUAUUUCUUCACUAUGUUCCACAAACACACUGACGUUUCCUUUCCGGUCAUUUAUAAAAUUGUUUUCCAUACAGCAAAAAAUUUAGAUUUUAAAAUAUAUAUUUUAAAUAUAUGUUAAAAUAUACAAAGAAAUGGCCAAAAAAUAUUUAUGUAAAUACAUUUUCUGACUAUAUAUUUUUGGCCAUUUUUUUUUAUAUUUUUUAAAAUAUAUUCAUUUAGAGCAUUUAUAAAUUUUGCCCUCCAUAUAUAAUUUACAGUAAAAAAGAUUACAUAUUACAAUAAGUUUUUACAAGCACAAUAACAAGCCAUUCCAUCCAAGUUUGCAUCCUAAAUGAAUGUUUUCUUGCCCUGAAAUACAUUUUGAAAUAUAUUUUGGAAUAUGAAGGUUGAAACUAAAUAUAUUUUCAAUUUCAAAAAUAUAUUUCAUUGAAUUAUAUUUCAAUGAAAUAUAUUAACUGUUUGCAACAUAUAUUUAAAAUAUAUUUUGGCCAGAAAAUAAUAUAUAUAUAUAUAUUUUGCUGUAUGGGUUGUCUUCCUGGUUUACUGUCAGUCAUGAAGGUGAUUAAACCAGAAAACUGACCGGCUGACCAUUAACCAAAGCUAAACGCACUCAUUAGCUCGAGCUCAUAACAUCAUGAUGAUGAUGAUUACCUCAAAAACACAGAUUCUAUUCUAGAAAUUAUAACUUAUAAUAAUAAGAACUAGCAGAUAUGGGAUAUAUUUUCAUAUGUUAAACCCGAAUAUAAGGUCUGCUUCUUUGUUUGUGAUGUUGAAGCUAGUGAAGUUAGUGUUGAUGAGACCAAAUACCUGGGAGUUCUUCUUCUAAAGCACAUGAAGGAACCUGGAGCCAGUCUGAUGGUGUUCAUGUGUGUGUGUGUGUGUGUGUGUGUGUGUGUGUGUGUGUGUGUGUGUGCGUGCGCUUCAACACACGCUUCACUGUUUGAAUAGUUACCAAAAUAACACGUUCUAGUAUUCACGUAAAAGUCUUUAAACCUUUCAGACUCUGAUUCUUGUUGAAACAAACAAAACCAAAAUGUAAAAACUCAAAUAAAACAAGAUUAGAAACUGAGGCCAAAUUUAUAGACAAAACGAGUGGAGAAACAUCUGUUCUCUUGUAGAACUCUGAUUUAUUUUCCCGCGGAUGAAAAGUUCUUUUUCUGCUUGAUUUGGGAAACAUUGCCAAAAUAGAUGUACGAUUGUUCUUUAAUGUUAUUCUUAUAGUAUUGUUGCCAUUAUUUUGAUUCGUUUUAUUUGGCGUUUAAUUCUUUUAAAUUAUAUUUCUUCUCUCUUUCUGUAGAGUUCAAAUGUUAGAAGUUUGAGAGUUUGAAACGAGUAGAUUGUUGAUUG